AUGGAACAGUCAGAGAGAAAAACGCUUCUCGAGAUUUUAAACCGGUUAACAGCUCCAGACAUUAAAACGUGCACAACAAACCUCGGAAAGUGCGCACCAGACAUCAAGUACUGCCCACCAGACUUCAAGUAUUGCCCACCAGAUCUCAAGUACUGUCCACCAAACCUCAAGUACUGCCCACCAGACUUCAAGUACUGCAAACCAGACCCCAGGUACUGCCCACCAGACCUUAUACAGUGUGCAACAAACAUCGGAAAAUGCGCAUUAGACCUCAAGUUCUGCGCACCAAACCUCAAGUACUGCCCACCAGACCUCAAGUACUGCCCACCAAACCUCAGGUACUGCCCACCAGACCUCAAGUACUGCCCACCAAACCUCAAGUACUGCGCACCAGACCUCAAGUACUGCCCAACAGACCUCAAGUACUGCCAAACAGACCUCAAGUACUGCCAACCAGAACUCAAGUACUGCCCACCAGAUCUCAAGUACUGCCCACCAAACCUCAGGUACUGCCCACCAGACCUCAAGUACUGCGCACCAGACCUCAAGUACUGCACACAAAACCUGAUACAGUGCGCACAUAACCUUGCAUAG